AUGGCCUCCACAGCUAAGGAUGACCUGGGCCCAGACUCGGGAAGUCUUCGCCAGAGACACCAUCCUCCCGCCAGCUCCAAACAGGAUCUCGAAAGUCCGAAACAGCCAGUUGACGAGCCACAUGCUAAUGUGAAUGCCCAAAACAAAACGUACGGGCGCACUCCCAACGGCACAGUGUUUGUUGUGGCUGAUACUCAUGACAUGGUCUCGCAACUCCUGGACCCUCGUUUGCCCAAGAAUGUCUCGGAUCUUCUCAUUCUUUCCAUUAUGGCUUUGCAUGUGUUGGUUGCCUACUAUCUCCCUUCCGGUCUUAAGAAACCCGUGCUUGCCUCAAUCUUCGUGUUCUGGAGACUCUCAUACAAUGCCGGUAUCGGUAUGCUCCUUCACGUCCAAUCGCACCACCGGCGCAUGGUCACAUGGGCUCGAAAGCAGAAAAUAUUUGAGCCCCCUGCUGACGGCAAGCCGAACCGGCUGUAUGCAUUGGUGAAACGCGAAUGUGAACUCCUGCACGUGAAUCUUGAGGACUAUGAUUUUGAAAAGGCCCCGAUCGAGUAUAACACAUGGCUCGUUUUUCGCCGAGUCGUCGACCUGAUUUUGAUGUGUGACUUCACUUCUUACUGCCUUUUCGCAAUCAUCUGUGGUCAUGUCCCCCAUAACGAGAGCCUCAUUGCCGGGCUUGGUCGCUGGGCUCUGGGUAUUACUUUUAUUGGUAUCAACCUCUGGGCCAAACUCUCGGCUCAUCGCACUCUGACCUACGCAUGGCACUGGGCCGAUUUCUUCUACCUCAUUGAUCAAGACCUGACCUUCGAUGGUAUCUUUGAGCUCGUGCCACACCCCAUGUACUCGAUCGGUUAUAUUGGCUACUACGGUAUCUCGAUCAUGGCUGCCAGCUACGAGGUCCUCUUCAUCUCCAUCUUUGCUCACCUUGCUCAAUUUGCCUUCCUCGCUGCAGUGGAGAAUCCUCACAUUGAUCGGACGUAUAACCCCCCUGCACCGCGGGCACGGAGUAAAUCUGGGAGUCAGAAUGAGCUGCCUGUGGGCGUAACCCAGUCGCCUGGGCCGAGCUCACCGGAUCAGCCGCCAGCGAACAAUGCCACCCUGGAGCCUCCAAUCCCGGUACACAACAUGGUGGGUUUGAAGAACAUUGACUUGUUUCGGGUCACCGAUUGUGUUGUCGUCAUCGUGCCCAUGUAUAUUGCCGUGCUUACCUUCGCUACUCCCUCAAAUUCCUUCUGGCAAGCGAUCUUCGUGAUCCAUGCUUUCUUCUGGCGUGUUUGGUAUCAUCUUGGAUUGGGCAUCAUCCUGGACAAGCAGUCAACUUCGAAGAUGUUCACCCGGCACUUUGUCAAGUUUGGAGAGAGCCUAGAUGAGGCCUGGCGGCAGUGGAAAGCGAUGCACCAUGUCAGUAUGGUCAUGUGCAAUACAGCCUUCGUCGCCGCCUGCUGGAAGAUGUAUAGCUUCCCCGAGGAUUGGAGCUAUGGCCUCGUCUUGCUCAAGCAUGUCAUAGGGUUCAGCCUAGUAGCGCUGCAGAUUUCUGUAGCCAUGAGCAUAUAUUCGUCUCUAGGCGAAUAUGGCUGGUCUUUUGGUGACUUCUUCUUUGACCAAAAAGCCAAACUGACUUAUCAAAACGGGGUAUAUCGGUUCUUGAACAACCCGGACAAGACCCUCGGCAUCGCAGGAGUAUGGGGUGCGGCUUUGAUAACCUGGAGCCGGUCGAUAUUCCUUCUCGCGCUUACUACUCAGCUGCUGUCGAUCUAUUUCAUCGCCUACAUUGAACGGCCCCAUAUGCUGAAGAUCUAUGGUGAUAGGAACAUGCGGCAGGAGGCCGGCAUCACCAAGUUUAUCAAGCGGUCGCUCCCCGAUCCUGUCAAGGGCUGGCAAGAAAGUAUGGACAAGGUAAUUGAUGAUACUACGCAUUUUGUUGAGGAGUUCCUGGAUUCCGCCAGACCGAAAUUUACUUCCGGCGUCAAGACAAUUAUCAAGGAUACCUCGGCCUUAUUUAACACAGCUCCGGCACGGUUUACAAUUACCAGAAUCAGUGCUGAUCUAGAAGGACUGGACCCGAAACAAUACCAGCUUACCAUUGAUGGCACCCCUUCAGUUGAUUCGCUCGUCAGUGAGCGGGCGACUGGGAAGGAAAGCAUCACGGCUCGGUACCCCAAGGAUGUUAAAACGAAGACAUACGAAUAUGGCACACCGCUGCAUGUCAAAUGGAGAGCACCGGUUAACCACAGCAGCAAGGACUGGAUUGGCCUGUACAUGGUGACCGACAAUCGCUCCAGGGAAAUAACAGAAGUCCCAUCUCUCGGUCGAUGGUCACCAACGAAUGCUGGUGAAUAUGACCUAUCAACUGCGGACACGAGCAUCGUAGUGGCCGGACGCCGCACCACCUCUCCUGAAGGACAGGGUUCAGAUGUGGUAGAAGGUGAGGUUGUUUUCCAAGGAGACAAGCUCUGGUGGACGCAAGGCGUGUUCGAAUUCAGAUAUCAUCACGGUGGGAAACACACUGUUAUGACCAUCUCGGAGCCAUUUGAGAUCCGCAUCAGCAAGUUUGAGGAGGAAGAUGUCAGUGCUGAUUUCAAGGGCCUGUAUGAGCAAGCCGUUGAACACGCCAUCCUACCUGUCGUGGUGAACUGCCUUGACCGCAACCCAGAUAUUGCGCCGACUAACGUCGAGGAGCCGUUUGGCGGCCACGUAGAGAGGGACAGCAAGUACGCUAAACGAGUCGUAUACGCCAUCAGGGAGAUGUUUGGUAUCGAAUUCGCACCUGCUGUUGUCCCCGCAGACGGAAACGUCAAGAAGUUGGCCUGGAGGAUUUGCAAUGCCAAGCAGGUUCUUGCGCCCUAUAGUAUGGCGGCAUCAAAAGGAACCACGACACCAACUGGAGAGGACGAUAUGGUGCCUUUGAAAGCGUAA